AAGCACAUUUGUCACUCACGACCGGUACCAAAAUAUCUUGAGUCACUGUGACGACGUCGCCUGUGAACGCUGUGUCGACUUGUUCAUAAUUUUCUUGAAAUAAUUUAAACCCACAACAAACGCGUCCUUGUGUGAAUGUUUAAUACGAUUAUUGGAAUGUGAGCCAGCAAAACAGUGAAGUUUGGUUUUUCGAGUUCAGUCAGAGCGAGAAAAAACUAAGUUUCAGUUUGCUAGCAGUAGCAUUUGGUUUUUGUUUGUAAACACACGUUUGUCUAAAGUCGUAGCGAUGGCUGAUGGAAGUUCUUACAACGUGAAUUUGUACAUUUAUGACCUGUCAAAGGGACUGGCCCGUCAGCUGAGUCCCAUGAUGUUAGGAAAGCAAGUCGAAGGAAUAUGGCACACAUCAGUAGUGGUUUAUGGGGAAGAGUUUUUCUUUGGAGGAGGGGGCAUCACAAGCUGCUAUCCGGGUGGUACUAUUCUAGGCAUGCCCGACACCACAGUGGACCUUGGAAACACCGAAGUUCCCCGGGACCUCUUUCUGGAAUAUCUGUCUUCGCUCAGGGAGUCUACUUACAGCCCUGAAAAAUACCACAUUUUUGAACACAAUUGCAACACCUUCAGUUCUGAGGUUGCACAGUUUUUAACAGGAAGAAAGAUUCCCUCAUACAUCACUGACCUCCCAUCUGAGGUGCUCGCUACACCUUUUGGACAAGCGCUCCGUCCUUUUCUAGAUUCGGUCACUAUCACUCCAUCGGGGAGCAUGGGCAUGAAUGGAUAUGGCCAGAGGUAGAUCUGGCUUCAUCUAAGAAUGUAUUAUUACAAGUCAUAAAGAGUCACACAGUGCCUUUCCAGAUAAGAAAUCAUGUAAACAAAAAAUAGCUUUUAUAUCAAAGCAGGUCUUCCAGUUUCUGCUCAGUACCUUUUCAUAAAGCGAUAACUUUUCAGUCUAUUGACCUUUUUAAUGUUUCCUUCAGUGAUCUGUGAUGAAUAAAGACAGACCAAUUAGUCUGUAUAGUUGGCUUUCCAGUACAGCAUUUACAGCUGGCACACAAACUGCCCCUGUGGAAUAGGAAAUGUAAACCAAACCUAAAAAUAUUUUUUAUAAAACUACAAGUAAUAUAAAGUAAUAUAUAAAUAGAUUAAAUGUGCCAAAGCAAAUUGUGGCAGGAUUACCCUCAUCGGUCUGCAGGUGUCUCUGUCCUACCUCAACAUGAUCUAUUACUUCAGAUACUUUGAGAGUAAUACAGGAUGAGAAUAAGGUUUCAAAAAAUAAGCUAUUGUGAUUGAUACUUAUUUGAAGAGUCGAAUGUCCCUCUUUAUUUAGAGUCCCUUAUUUAUGUGUAAACAAAUUAGACUAUUCUUCUUUACUGUUAAUAGAGGACAUAAUGUGCAGUACUCAUUUUGAUGUCUCAUCAGAUGUCUCAGUCAGUCUUUCAAAACAUGUUAGAGUCAGUCACUUUCUUUGUACUUUGCUGUGUAUUGAUAACUUGCAACACAGAAAGUAUCUAAACCUUACCUUUACUCUGAACAGUUAACCUUUAUAUCAAUCCUAUAGUGUCUUGAAUAUAUUAUAUACUGCACUCAAGAUGGUUUAAGGGGAUCAAUGUUAUAGGAAGCACAAUAGGUGUCAUGAAAUGUGCAAGUAUCACUAGUAAUGGACCCAGUGAGGAAGUUGUUGUAUUUCUCAAGUCUUUUGACUCCUGUCAUUUUUUUUUUUAAAAAUGUGUUACUCUGGUUGUGAUAAGAAUGUAAUACAGUAGGAAUUUAACUCAGCUUUCUGAUGGUAAAUAUUCAAACUCUCUAAAGUCCAUAGGAUCAGUGUAAUCAUAACAAACGCAUUACAAUGCUAUUAAGCGAUUUAAUCUAAAUUUUUAAUAUGUGUGCACAAUUUCUAACUAGAUAUUUUAUAUAUGAUCAACAUUCGUAGUAAAAAUUUCCACAGUAUGAUUUAUUUAAGUUCAGGUUAUGCUGCCUGAUGUAUCUGUGCUACUGUUGUUCUGUAAAUACUAUUCAGAGCUCUUAAUUCCUUUCUGCCUCAAAUAAACCACAUUUAUGUA